AUGACUGGAACUGACACUCAGGAACGAUACACUCGCCCGCAACCACGCGCUGGACCAUCUUCGCUCUCCGGACAGACUUGCUCAUUGAUCUGUCUUGUCUUCUUCAUGGUUGAGACACCCGCCAUACGCGCUCUGUCCCCAAAUGUGCUCCUCUUGUUGAAGGUGGAACCUCGACGAGAAAAUCAAGCGCAAGUCCAGAUCAUAGAUGGGGAUCUGGACGCCUGCGCGGAAAUACAACACGUCCAGGAAGCGACCAAGAAUGGCGUCCCCGUUGUCAUAAAAGUAUUCGAGAUCUUGUCUAUCUGCUGGAUGGGUCAUGAAGAUCCCUUUGCCCACCUUGCGAUGACAGAUACUACUACUGCGAAGAUCAAGGUCACCGUGUAUGCCUAUGUCAUGCCCCCAGUAGAACUCGAGAUCGACCACGCCAAUGCAAAGGCGGAUGCUAUCAUGACUCAAAUCAGCAACGAUCUACUGGAUCGGCUCGACAGUGAGCCAAUUGGUGGUCACGGACCCAUGAACGACGAGUCGCUCAUCUACCCUGCCUGUGAGUGGAUGAUGUGUUUGUGUGGUGAACAGCGGACUGUAGAAUAG